UACAAGUAAAUAACAAGUUAAGGAAUCUACAAAUUCUAUUUUUUAGCUUGUUGUAUCAAUCACAGAGGUUACAGAAUGAAAACAGUGGGCAUGUUCCAGGCCAAAAACAGAGAAUGUGGCAGCUUACACAGCCAAAAACAGAGAAUGCCCAUGCACGGGCUAAAAAAACAGAGAUUGCCCAUGCCAAAAACAGGGCAUGCUCGGCCAGCUUACACAGCCGAUUUCCUCAUGGGCUCGGGUAGGGCAUGGCGCCCCUCAGAAAUCCCUAACCACCGUCAUGCGCAGGGUCCUCCUCCCCCCGUCCGAUGUCCACACGGCAGCAUCUAGGGUUCCAGGGGGCACGGGACUUGGUGGCGCCAUGGAAGAAAAGCGGGGUAGAGAAGGGAGAGGAGGGAAGAAGGAGGCAGAGAAGGGAGAGCGCGCAGCAGCUUACCAGCGCCGCCACCGGUUGCCUCCACGACGAGGGAGUCGCCUCGAGCGGAACAGAGCCAAGAUGAACGGAGCCGAGCGAAGCGGUCUGGAUCUGCUUCUCGAUCUCCUUCACCUGUUAAAGCAAGAUCUGGACCAUGCGACUGUCUGGGGAUUGCAUUGGUAGGAUUUUGGAACGUUCAGAAUCAAAGGAUGUCUUUGGGCAUUGGAUAGUUCUGCUGGAUUGUGAUGUUACUGUAUGGAAAGUGGAGUACAACCAGCGAUAGGAAGGCUGGCACUAAGCAUAUAUGGGAUCGAUUCUGUGGUAUAUUUGUAUUGUAUUACUGUUGACUUGAGCACUUGUAUUCUCAAAUAUGCACUUUGGCCCGGUCUCGCAUAUAAACCUUGGCUUGAAUGCUUAGUAGAUUUUACCUGUUGGAUCAAAACCAUCAACCCAUAGUGUCUACUUUUCCAUUUACCAUAAACCUGUUGAAAAAUAAAGGCUUGUAAUUUGCAAAUUUAUUUUGUGGUGCAAAAGACAUGGGCGGUGGGGCAAGGGUGAGAAUCUGCCCAGU